AUGCAGCUUCCCCCUCCUCUGGGCCUGUGUGUGUGUGUGUGUGUCUGGAGUGGUGCCUCUUGUCUGGUGUGUGACGUCAGCACACACACAGCAGGUCAGUUUAAGGUUACUACAAUCUUCACUCCGUUGAUCUACGUCCGUGGGAUUUUUGGUGUAGCGGACACCUUUUGGUAACAUGAUAUCCUCGCCGGUCCCACUCCCAUUCACAAGGGGGCGAUAGCAACGUUUUUUUAUUUUUUUAUUUGGUGAAAGCAAGGAAGAGUCGCCUUCCCUCGCUAGUAGUAGCAGCUAGCUGGCAGCCUGGGUAGCUGGCUUUUGCCUUACUAAAAAGAUAGCAAGCUAGGUAACCUUUUUAGUUUCCCACAUCUCCAUGUGAAAUAAUCUGAUUUAUAAUUAAAAAAAUAUGCCGGGCAAAUAAUCGUAUAUUGCAGAUGUAACCUAAAACAUUAUCCCAGUUUGAUUUGCUGCUUGUGUAUUCAUUCCCAUAUUAUCUAAAAAUAUUAAGUCAUCAUGUUUUGGUCAUGGAGAAAAAAGCAUAUGGCUAUCUAGUUGGCUACAGCAGGAUCUACCAUUUCACUAUAGUAUGUACUCACUAGUUAUUAAUUCUAAACAAAAUACCUUUUUGGGUGGAUUCUUGUGGUUUGGUUUACUGUUUGAACAGUCGCUGAGAUUAUAUUUGGUUAUCAAUGAAAAUAGGCUACUUUGAUGAAUAGCCUAUAGAUCAGAUCAAGGAACCAAGCGACAACACUGCCCUCACCGGCUACGGAAGGAAUCAUACAGCGUUUUUACAUGUUCACGUAGUAAAAAAGUAUGUCGAAUGCCAGAGCAUAUUACAAGGAGCUGCCCCUUUUGUGACGAAAAACGACAUUGCAACACUCCGAAUUGUGCAUCUGUGUAGAGCUUGUAGUAGGCUUCAGGGUUAGGCAGCACUGAGCAUGUAUGUGUUGGGGGGGAGGGGGAGAAAGGGAGGAGUCACAUAUUAGAGAGAGGAAGAAGGAAAGAGGAGGGGUGUGUUUGUGGGAGUAGGAGGCAUACUUUAGGAGUCAGGAGUGUGUAGUAUAGUGUGUCGGAUGACUUCCCAAGUGGAAUGAUAGGGGCAAAGGGAAGAUUACUUCCUGGCUUAGACUAGUACCCCCUAACACACACACACAUAUUUCCCCUCUGAUUCUCGGGUGGAUGGUGUGUGAGAAGCACAUUCAGAUUUCCAUUGGCCAUCGUCAUCAAAUACCCAACGUUUUUAAUGUGUGCUUUUUUCAGCAUGGAUAUGUACCAGUCUCAUGACUUUAUGGCCAUCGUAGCUGUUUUGAUGUAGGUCUAGCCUCAUUUGCCCUCUGUCACUGUCUGUAAUCUCGUUCCUAAUGUAGAGGGUUGUCGUUACAAACACACUCAGCCUAAGCCUUAAAGAGCUGACAAUGGCUUUUCAAUGGAUCCCCAGUACAUUCAUCUUCACACACACUCAAACACACCAACCCCUUACAUUCAUCUUCAGCCAGGAGACUGUUGAGGGACUUCUCUUGGUAAUUACACACGUUAAUUUCCAUGCAUAUAUAAUUUCUUUCCCAUUAAUGAACUCCACAUAUGGUUGUGGGAGAUGUAUAGACCAAAUUCUAGUUUGAGGCAUGUGGUUUCAAACAUAGGCUAGCCAAAGCCCUGCUGUCCAGAUAGCUCAGUUGAAUGUCUCACGGAUAGUCAGACAGCCAUCCUCUUGCCAAGCUACAGAAUCACUAAAACGGGCUGGGCCUGAAAGUCCAAUUUCAAUAAAAUUGGACUCCAUUUUAUAAGUGAUAUUUUGGAAAUUGCAAGUUAUUCCUGACGGAUUGUGUGGCAACUAAGUGGCGGCAUCACCCGACGAGACCAGAGUGGACUGUCAUUUCAGCAGCUGCAGGAGGACACCUCCAAUCAUACACAGACGUGAACACACACACACACACACUCCAUCAAAUCAAAUGUUAUUUGCCACAUGCGCCAAAUACAACAAGGGUAGACCUUACAGUGAAAAGCUUACUUACAAGCCCUUAACCAACAAUGCAGUUUAUAAGAAAAAAAAAAAAAAAAAGUGUUAAGUAAAAAAUAGCAAAUAAUUAAAGAGCAACAGUAAAAUAAAAUAACAGUAGGGAGGCUAUAUACAGGGGGUACCGGUACAGAGUCACGUUGAGGGAGAGGUUGUUAUCCUGGCACCCUAUAGGCUGUCUCAUCGUUGUCGAUGAUCAGGCCUACCACUGUUGUGUCGUCGGCAAACUUAAUGAUGGUGUUGGAGUCGUGCCUGGCCAUGCAGUCAUGGGUGAACAGGGAGUACAGGAGGGGACUGAGCACGCAUCCCUGAGGGGCCCCCGUGUUGAGGAUCAGCGUGGCAGAUGUGUUGUUACCUACCCUUACCACCUGGGGGCGGCCCAUCAGGAAGUCGAGGAUCCAGUUGCAGAGGGAGGUGUUUAGUCCCAGGGUCCUUAGCUUAGUGAUGAGCUUUGAGGGCACUAUGGUGUUAAAUGCUGAGCUGUAGUCAAUGAAUAGCAUUCUCACCUAGGUGUUCCUCUUGUCCAGGUGGGAAAGGGCAGUGUGGAGUGCAAUAGAGAUUGCAUCAUCUGUGGAUAUGUUGUGGCGGUAUGCAAAUUGGAGUGGGUCUAGGGUUUCUGGGGUAAUGGUGCUGAUGUGAGCCAUGAUCAGCCUUUCAAAGCACGUGAGUGCUACGGGUCGGUAGUCAUUUAGGCAGGUUAUCUUAGUGUUCUCGGGCACAGGGACUAUGGUGGUCUGCUUGAAACAUGUUGGUAUUACAGACUCAGUCAGGGACAUGUUGAAAAUGUCAGUGAAGACACUUGCCAGUUGGUCAGCGCAUGCUCGGUGGACACGUCCUGGUAAUCCGUCUGGCCCCGCGGCCUUGUGAAUGUUGACCUGCUUAAAAGUCUUACUCACAUCGGCUACGGAGAGCGUGAUCACAUAGUCAUCCGGAACAGGUGAUGCUCUCAUGCAUGCUUCAGUGUUGCUUGCCUCGAAGUGAACAUAGAAGUGAUUUAGCUCGUCUGGUAGGCUUGUGUCACUGGGCAGCUCGCGGCUGUGCUUCCCUUUGUAGUCUGUACUAGUUUUCAAGCCCGAUUUAAUGUUUUAAAUGUUUUCUUUUAUACACCUACCUCUGUGUGUGUGUGUGUGUGUGUGUGUGUGUGUGUGUGUGAGGCAGCACCUGUGGAGGACAAGGCCUUUGCUCUGUUAAGGGUCACAGCACAAACGGGGCCGCCCUUGGUGCUCAGCUGUGUUAUUCCAGCCUGUCCCUCACCUAGAACACACACACACUUUAACACCCCUAAAGCAGCGUCCGUUGCUUGAUGCAUUGAUCUGUGUUUAUGAUCUCUGUAUGGGGUCUUCCUUAUAGGACCACAUGCACUCGUCUCUCUCUAACACACAUGGGAAUACACAUAAGCACCUCUUAUGCCCCCCUACCCCCCCCCCCCCCCCCCCCCCAGUAAGACUGCACACAUAUCAGGUAUACACCCACACCCUAAAACCUCUCUGAAUCUUUCCUUUCUUCUCAUAUAAACUUUAGAGUUAUACAGUGAGCCCUUUGAGUUCAGAUGGAUGACAUCACCAAGGGCUGAACAGAUUGCUCACUCACUUUUCGAAGGGUUCCUAGUUCCACCCAGAACUCCAACUGUCCAUCCCAAAUGGCACCUUGUUCCCUAUUUAGUGCACUACUUUUGACCAGGGCCCAUAGGGAUAUGCAUCCCAACUCUCUGGUUCUACAGUAGAUCUUAUUUCAGGCCAGAUGGAAUUCCAGACUACCAACAUGCUUUUUAGAUAUCAUAGGAUCCCUCUAGCUACCAUAGGAUCCCUCAGGCUACCAUAGGAUCUCUCUGGCUACCAUAGGAUCCCUCUAGCUACCAUAGGAUCCCUCUAGCUACCAUUGGAUCCCUCGGGCUACCAUAGGAUCUCUCUGGCUACCAUAGGAUCCCUCUGGCUACCAUAGGAUCCCCUUCUAUCGCUUUCUUCUGCUGAGCUAAAAUUGACCAUUGCUCUGGCUAGCUUUGGUGCAGAGCUGGACUAAGCUGCUCUCUCUGUCUGUCUGUAGCUCAUGUGGUAAUUUGAUUAGAUCUCAAAGCUAAAGUGGCGAAUGAGCCUCACUUCUUCUCUCUAUACUCCUCUCUAUAAACCACACAAACACCGUCACACACACACACACACACACACACACACACAGGACUGUGUCAUAUUAGAUUUAAUUGACAGUUACUCAUAAACCAAUUCAGCAAAUAAAGUUAAUGACCCACCCGCCGCUGUGGCUGAAUUGUCUGCAUUGACUUGGAAUCUAAUUUGAUCGGGGAAAUAUAUGUAUGAUGCUCAGUCUAAUUUACCCCAGUGGUUGCAAACUAAGAGCUUUUGUGCAUAGGCAAGCAGCCUCCCAGCCUCCCAGCCUCAACUAGGUCUCUUAAUGUGGGAAUGCUCAACUCAUAUAUAAAGCCUACAUUCUUCCUCCUGUGGGUCGGCGUGGGUUAAUUCUGGAGGGGCUUUUGCCUCUCCUUCUCUCUGAAAUGAGAGCAGGGAUUUGGUGUUUUGGGGGCCCUAUGUUGUUGAAUGAGAGUAGGGAGGGCUUGUAGCUGGUCAAGAGAGCUUGCUGGCUUAUCACCACUCAUACGUUUUCAAAAGCAGCGAGGGAGAGAGAGUAUCUGGGCUAGUGCUUUGAUGUGGGCCCCCAAGUGUAUGGGUGGUCUGGGGGCCCUGUGGGUUUACACAUACACUCACUCUCUACUGCUUGCAUACACUCCUCCCCCUCUCGCUCUUCUCUCCUCUCUCUCUCUCACACAUACACUCCUACACACAUUUUCAUGCUCGCUCGCUCGCUCACACACACACACACUCAGGCUACGCUUGAAGCCAAGUGCGAUUUCACCAGACCGGUCAUGAGGGGUUUCUAGAACAACCUCACAGAGGCCUUGUUCUAAAAAUGUCCGCCAUGGUUCCUUUGAAAGUCUGCCCUUUCCAACACACAGAAACAGCCCUAAGCUGCACUCUGCAGCUGCAGGUGAGGGGAACACAUUCUAAUAGCUAGCACAUGAGAUAGUGAAGGCCUCAUACCAACCAGCAGUCAGGGGUAGAAGAGGGAGAGAAAGGUGUGUGUGUUUGUUUGUGUGUUUUGUGCAUGUUUGUGUGUGUGUAGGUGUGUGUGCAUGUGUGUAAGAGAGGGAGGGAGCACCCAUUAAAGAGCUAUGGCAACAGUCUUAAAAUGUGAUAGACCUAGGUGUUUGUUGUGUUAUGGAAUCUAUCUGGACUCUGCUUUUAAGAGUUUGCCAUAGGUUUUUGUGUUUUAUCAAACUUUUGUUUGACAUAUCCAUUUUAUUCCUAUUAGCACUAUUGGUCAUUGUAUGGUGUAGGUUCCUGGUCUGCUAAAAAUAAGUGAAAGGUAGGUGUUAGUUUUUCCACAGGCGUGUAUCAGAGCUGCCGAGUUCUCUUUGAACCGCACAUGUUUCUGAUGUUCUGCUAUUCCACUCUUUGGACUGGGACUUGCUUGUGAAAGGUUGGAGAGCACACACGGAACCUGUUUCUGAGCCACACAGACACUGUUUUUAAGAGUAGCAUUAUUGCUCUUAGACGGGGCUUAGGCCGAAUCCUUCCAUUCAAAGGCUGUGGGGAUUAUACAAACAUGGAGUCUCACAGAUUAGAGGUCUACCUCUACCUACUCCCCCAUUUUCCAUUCAUUCUUCUUAAAGGGUUUAUUUAGCAUGGAGUAGGCUUCGGGUCGCGACACUUUCAUUGCGUUCUCAUCUUGUAUGGGAUGCAGUAUUCAAGCCUCCCUCUGGUAAUGCACAGCCCCAUGUCGAGUAGCAGCGGCAGCUUUGAUAUCCCUGUUAUUACACUCCUGAUAUCUCAGCAAGCAACAUCCCUUUGAUAAGCGUAUUUAUACAUGCAUGUCUCCACUUGGCCCCAAUACGAUUUUAUCUCUAUCUCUCUCUACAAAGCGCAUAAAUGAAUUCAUAACACUCUGUCUCCCUGGCCCCUCCCCAAUAUUAAUAAAUGCAUGAUCUCACGCUGGUCGCGUCUCUUUCAUAUGCUCAUCAGUGUGUGUUUAAUACUAGCGCUAGCAGCCCCGCCCUCCUCAUGCAUAUUCAUAGAGGCAUAAUGACCCCUCCCCCCCGCCUCUGGAAAUGUAGCGCUCAGGAGGAGAUCAAACACUAUUCAAAUGAGCAGGCUCCAUUAUUGAUACACACACACACACACAUACUUUGCAUCUCUCACUCUCCCUAUCUGUGCUGCUAUCAUUGUUGACCCAACCUGCCACAGGACGUCUAUCUGCACUCAAUGUGGCCAUGCUUUUAUGUUAGGAGAAAUUGAAUAUCUUUGCACCCCUUUCAUAAGGUUUAGGAAGGUUUACUUGAUCCUUACGCAUGGCAUGCUUUUAUUGAGAGGACAUGGCUUAGUGAUUUUAAUUCAAUAAAAUGUCAAUUGCUUGAUUUAAUACACAUCUCCCUGAUUUAAUACACAUCUCCCUGAUUUAAUACACAUCUCCCUGAUUUAAUACACAUCUCCCUGAUUUAAUACACAUCUCCCUGAUGUUUUUGUUGUUUAGUGGUUUUAGACAGGUUUGUGUCUCAAGAGAUGUCCCAAUCAUAACGGGCUUUGAAAUUCAAAUCCCUUUCUUUCACCUCUCCUCCUCUUUUAUUGUUAAAACUACGUUCUUUUCUCUUUUCCUCCUUCCCAGGGUUCCAUCUGAGUGGUACGGUAACAGACCCGGCUACGUCCUCUCAGCCUGAGAUGGUCUGCAGCGUGAGCGUCAGCUUCGACCGCUGUAAGAUCACCGCGGUAACCUGUAGCUGCGGCAACAAGGACAUCUUCUACUGCGCCCACGUGGUAGCGCUGGCCCUGUACCGCGUACGGAAGCCCGAGCAGGUCAAACUGCACCUGCCCAUCUCAGAGACGCUGUUCCAGAUGAGCCGGGAUCAGCUGCAGAAGUUUGUCCAGUACCUGAUAUCAGUGCAUCAUACGGAGGUGUUGCCCACCGCACAGAAACUGGCUGAUGAGAUACUGUCAACUAACUCUGAGAUCAACCAGGUCCACGGUGAGUGUGUGUAGGCCCCACUGAGGACAUUGAUUCUGUGCUAAAGGAAAAGGCUGGGCAGAUCAAUGCUACUCAUUAGUCUGAUCCUGCCUGUAAACUAAACGCUCUGUCCACCACUAAUCAACACUAAAGACCUGGCCUUUAUUUACCUUAGAGAAGGGGAGGAGGGGAGGAGAAGAGAGAGGUAGGUAAAGGGGUAAGAGGAUGAGUGAAAGGAGGGAGAGACUCGUCUCUCAAGUUUCUACAGCUCCACAAGUUACCUAAAACUUGAUUAAAUUAAUAACAUGUAGAAUGUCUCAUUGUGUGUUUGUGUGCCUGUCUGUGUAGGGGCAUCGGACUCUAGGGGCCAGUGUGGAUGAUGAGAAAUGUGUGUGUGUGUAACUAACUUCUCUCUCUCGUGUGUGUGUGUGUAGGGGCCCCGGACCCCACUGCAGGGGCCAGUGUGGAUGAUGAGAACUGUUGGCACCUGGAUGAGGAUCAGGUCCAGGAGCAGGUGAAACUCUUCCUGUCACAGGGAGGAUAUCACGGCUCUGGGAAACAACUCAACCUCCUGUUCAGCAAGGUAACACACCACACACACGUGUCCAUCAGACACACACCUGAGAAUCAGACACACACACGAGCGUCAGACACAAACACACACACACCUCCCCACUCCCCUCUAGACACUCUCACAGUGUCUCUGUGUAAAACGUUUAAAUGACUAUUAUUACUAGUUGAAGAGGCUGAAACAUUGCAUUAUAUCUCCUUUCAUAUAAAAACUCAUUAACAUCAAAAGGGUUGCAUUUCUCCCAGUGUAUUUCCACAGCCAAGUUGUUUCUGUUCAGUUCAAAGCCACUGUUUCUCUGUUAGUCUAAAGGGCCAUUAGCAUGGCAGUUGGCACAUACAUUAAACAGUACCAUUGUUGAGGUUUGAUGUUGCUUUUAGCACUUGAUGUACACUUAGCCUGUCUCUACACCAGAUGAGUGUUAGUCUGGCUGGUGUGCCAACCUCAGCAAUAUGAUAGGCUCUUCUAGGGUAGAGUUUGCCUAAUGUAAAAUAUUUAGCCUAGCGCUAAUGUAAAAUAUUUACCUUGUGUCCCAACUGACACCCUAUUACCUAUGUUGUGCACUAUUUUUGACAAGGGCCCAUCUGGACACUGGUCAAAAGUAGUUCAUAUGGAUUAGGGUAUGGACUUUGGUCAGAAGUAGUGCACUACAUAGGGAAAAGUGUGCCAUUAGGGACACAGCCUAAAGCCUAGCGCUAAUGUGAAAUAUUUAGCCUAGCACUAAUGUGUCGACCGCUAUGUAAAUACUGGCUGGCCAUUAGAACCUCAGUUUUAACUUCUACCUACAUUAAGCCCUUCACACACACACACACACACACACACACACACACACACACACACACAGAUACAGACACAGACACACACGCACUGAUGCCGUCCUCCGUGUCCCAUAGGUGAGGGAGAUGCUGCGUAUGCGUGACUCCAAUGGAGCACGGAUGUUAACACUGAUCACAGAACAGUUUAUGGCCGACCCUCGCCUGGCACUGUGGAGACAGCAGGGCACCACCAUGACCGACAAGUACAGACAGCUCUGGGACGAACUAGGUGAGUGUACACACACACACACACACACACACACACACUAAAGAACAGCAGGAUAAAUUCACAUUUGCAAACAAACAUGCAUGCUCACACAUACAGUAGACUACUUAAUGUACUGUACAUAUGUGCUAAUACAGACAACACAAACAGCAACCUUGCGUGCUGUUGUAUUAUUAUGAAACAAUGCCGCCUUCUCCUACGCACACAAUCACCAUACCACACUCCCUUUAUCUCUGCUUAAUUACUUAUUUAUCGACUUUGGAUAGGAAGCACUCACAUGUCCACUGUGGCCUUCAGUACAGAUGACUUGUAUACGUACACACACACACACACACACACACACACACACACACACACACAGAAUAAUAGGUGGACCAAGAAAGGAUGGACGUUUUUCUGCUUUGAUUUGUAUUUUUAGAAGUGUAACAAUGCUUUGAAGUCCAUACCAAACCAUACCUCUGAGUCCUUUUCUGACUGCUUGAUAUGUAGCAAAUGCUGCCUCUCGGCUCGGCUGCUUUCUACUUUUGUCUUUUACUCCUCCUCAGGGCCGCUUCUCCUCUCCUCUCCUCUCAUCCAGACACAGCCUUCCUUCCUUCCUUCCUCUACUUCAUCUCUGUUGGCCAAUCACUCCUUUUCUUUUUUUCUGUCCAUCAAUUGUUGCCCAAUCAUAGUUGUAAUAGCAGACUGUGUGUGUGUGUAUUAGCUGAUGUGUUUUUGGUUUGUCUUUGUGACACUAUUGUCCUACAUAUUCCUGAAUGUGUUGCGAUAUCCUUGGAGACUUCCUCACUUUUAGUCUGUAGUUUGUUUCUGUUUACUUGGUAGUGAUAUAUGCAGUGCGUGUCUGUGACAGUGCGUGAAGGACAAAUACAGUUUCCGCUUUUCAAAGAGUUUGUCAACAAGAAAAGGUCGAUUGUGCGUCAGUGCUAUAUCUACAACUACAAAGUAUGCAACUCCCUUCAAUUAUUGGGGGGUGAAAAAAAUAGACAGAAUAGCUUUCAAAACCUUAGAUUUUUCUGAAAAGUUGGAUAAACUUUAAAACCCAUUUCUUUUGUGUCUCAAAAUAACAACACAACAAUAGACAAACAUUUUGGGUCCAAAACAAAGAAUUGAUCUCUUUUACCUGGAGUUUAGUUUGGUUCUGUGCGUUUACCACCUUCAUACUACUUUCCUGAUUUUAGACUGAAGUCAAACAUGACCUUGGUAGGAUAAGACCUAACCUGUGUGUGUGUGUGUGUGUGUGCGCGCGUUCGCGUGUGCACGUGUGGUUUGUGUGUGUGUGUGUGUGUGUGUGUAGGUGCCCUGUGGAUGUGUAUCGUGCUGAACCCCCACUGUAAGACGGAGCAGAAGAGCUUGUGGCUCAGACAGCUGAGGAGGUGGAACAGCGUGGACGUGUGCCCCUGGGAGGAUGGUAACCAUGGCAACGAUCUGCCCAACCUCACCCACUCCCUGCCUCAGGGUGCCCAUGGCAACCAAGGUGAGAGACAGGACUCUCUUUCUUUUUCUACAUCAACCCUCCAUCUUUCUUUCUCUCUGUGUAUCUGUCUUUCUUGUUUUCUCUAUCUCUCUCCAUAUUGCGGUCUCCCUCGCUCCAUCUCUCUCUCCCUCCCUCCAGUACCCUCUCCCACUCCGUCCCUCUAUCCCUCCUCCUCCCUUCUCUCAGUCUAAUGCAAGUCUCUCUCCUUCUCCAUCCUGUCAGAGUCGCGUCCCCACAGGACGGUGUUCACACGGGCAAUCGAGGCCUGUGACCUCCACUGGCAGGACCGUCACCUGCAGCACAUCAUUGCCAGCGACCUCUAUGCCAACUACUGUUACCACGAGAACCAGGACGGCUCGCUCUUCGACGCACGCGGAUGGCCCAUGUGGCACGGUGAGUGUGUGUGAGAGUGUGUUUGUUUUAGUGUGUAUCGUGAUGAUUGGUGUGUGUAAAGGGGAAACAGAGGACUGUGUGUCUGUAUGUGUGUGUUGUCUUAUCUCAAGUGGUCACAUUUUGCCAAAAGCCUUAUAGAAAGGGAUAAAGACAACAUAAGUUAAUCACCCCUCUCUCUCUCUCUGUGUGUGUCUCUCUGUCUCUCUCUCUCUGUCUGUCUGUCUCUGUCUCUCUGUGUCUCUCUGUGUCUCUCUCUGUCUGUCUCUGUCUCUGUCUCUCUCUCUCUCUCUCUCUGUGUCUCUGUCUCUCUCUCUCUGUGUCUGUCUCUCUCUCUCUGUGUCUGUCUCUCUGUGUCUCUCUGUGUCUCUCUCUGUCUCUGUCUGUGUCUCUCUCUCUCUCUCUCUCUCUCUCUCUCUCUCUCUCUCUCUCUGUGUCUCUGUCUCUCUCUGUGUCUCUGUCUCUGUCUCUCUCUGUGUCUCUGUCUCUGUCUCUUGUCUCUGUCUCUGUCUCUGUUCUCUCUCUUCUCUCUCGUGUCUCUGUGUCUUCUCUUGUGUCUCUUCUGUUCUCUCCUGUUUCUCUCUGUUUCUCUCUGUUCUCUCUUCUUCUUCUCUCUGUCUCUUUCUCUCUGUCUCUCUCUUUCUCUGUGUCUCUCUCUGUCUGUCUCGUCUUCUUCUCCUCUGUGUCUUCUCUCUCUCGUCUCUGUCUCUCUUUUCUUCUCUCUCUCUCUCUUCUCCUCUCUUCUCUCUGUCUCUUCUCUCGUUCUCUGUCUCUCUCUCUGUCUCUGUCUUCUCUUGUCUCUCUGCUGUCUCUCUGUCUCUCUGUCUGUCUCUUUCUCUCUCUGUCUCUCUUCUCUCUCUGUCCUCUCUCUGUCUCUCUCUCCUCUCUCUCUGUCUCUGUGUCUCUCUGUUCUCUGUCUUCUCUCUCUCUCUUCUCUCUGUCUCUCUCUCUGUCUCUCUCUCUGUCUCUCUUUCUGUCUCUGUCUCUGUCUCUGUCUCUCUCUCUCUCUCUGUCUCUCUCUCUCUCAGAACACGUUCCAACGGCUUGUGCUAGGGUGGACGCCCUGCGUUCCCAUGGUUACCCCCGCGAAGCACUGCGAUUGGCCAUUGCCGUGGUGAACACACUACGGCGGCAGCAGCAGAGACAACUGGAGCACUUCCGCCGACAUAAGAAAGGUCAGACUGCACUUAUUAGAUGACAUAGGACUGCUAUAAAGCCUCAAUGGACUCUUAUAAAGCCUCAUAGUGCAGAUGUAAAGCUCUGUUACAUACUAAAGUAGUACUGUCAAUUGGGUUGUUACUAUGUGCCCUGUAGUUGACAUAUGUUGUAUCCUGUCCGUGACAGAGCUGCUCCAUAAAGCCGUCACCUCCAUAACCAACAUGGAGGGCUGGGUGGGUCACCCCCUGGAUCCCAUCGGCACCCUGUUCAGCACCCUCACUGAAACGGGACGGGGGGCAGAGGAGGGGGCCAACACCUGCCUUGACCUCUCAGGUACUAAACAUAAUACAUCUAGUCUUCUUUUCUCCAUCUCUGUUUCUCUCUCACUUAGAUGGUCCCUCUCUUUCACCUCUCACCAUUCCCUCACAUUCCUAUUUUCUUAUCCCUCUGUCUUUCCUCUCCUCUCCUAGUAAAAAAUAGUCAAGGCACACCCUAAGCUGGCCCAGUGAUAUGGAAAAGAACUAGCUGGAGGUCUUGGGCCUGUCCCAAAUACUUUGACCAGGAACGUGGUCAGAUGUGCAGUCUAUAUGGAAUAGGGUGGCGUUUGGGACAGCCUGACCCUCAGUGUUGUGGACUAGGAGGGAGGCUCCAGACCUCAGAGAACACUGAAAAACGGACAACUGACUACUAGGUACUGACCCUUGUGUGUCUCUCUCUCUCUCUCACGCUCAGAUUGUUCCAGUGUGGUGAGUCGUGCGGAGCUGCAGCGGUUGCCAGUGCAGAGGUUGCUAGGCGAGGGCGAAUCGUACGUGGCGCUUGCCGUGGAGACUGCUCUGAUUGGCUUAGGCCAGCAGAGGGUGAUGCCUGACGGGCUGUACGCCCAGGAGAAGGUGUGUCGCAACGAAGAGCAGCUAUUGGCCAAGCUGCAGGAAGUGGAGCUGGAUGACACGCUGGUCAAGAUCUUCCGCAAACAAGCCGUCUUCCUGUUAGAGAGUGAGGACACACACACACUCUUUUACUUUGGUUAUCGGAUAGAGUGUAAAAUAAUCUUCCAUAUGGUUGUUAUGAAUGUGUGGAAUGUGUGUUUCCAUGACUGAGCUGUAGCUGUGAGGUAAAACAAGAGAGAGCUUUUGGUCUUUCCUUCUCCUCUCCAUUUCCCUCAGUCUCUCCUUCCCUCUCGCCUUCCUUCUCUCCAAGCAAUGAGGCUCUAUGCUGAAGCAGGAAAAAAACACAUUUCACUCCUCCAUCUCAAUAUUUAUUAUCUUAUUAUCUUUCAUUCAGUGGGGUAAAUAUAACUACAAGUGCCUUAAGCCAGACUAAAAUAAACCACACAGUAAAACUAGCGACGUGUCGGCAGCCACACACACACACACACACACACACACACACACACACUGUACUGACAUCUUGUACUGGGACAGAAUGUGACUGCUGGGGUUUGGUUAUGGGAGUGGGAGAGAUGGUAGGCCAUCUCGGAGACCCAGCCCUCAAACCUCCAGUCACACCCUAACCCCUGCCUCUGCCCAGGACGACCACCCACCUCUGGGCUGGUUGGUAAUUGAGUCCCAGGCUCUAAGGCCUAAGACUGCUGGAGACUGUAAUGGGGCUUGUGGUCUGUGGUCGGGGGAGUAAUGGGGCUCGUGGUCAGGGGAGGGGCUGUUCAGUCUAAAAUAACCCAGUGGAGACGAGGGGACGGAAGCCUAGUCUGCACAUAUGGCCAUAUGGCAUUCACCACGUCAUGGUGACUGCUUUGUGCUGCGUGGCCUUUUCUCCUCUGGACUGAGACUGGGAGGAGGAAACUAUGAUAGCCACUGUCUAUCCACGCAAUAAUACACACACACACACACACACACACUUAUAAGUAUACUGUACUCACACAUUCUCCUUUAUGCGGCACAACAGACCGAAAUAUAAUGAAAUGUAUUUUCUAUUUUUGCAUCUGAUAUUUCUAUGUUCUUUUGAUUGUUCCAAACUGUUUCACCCCUCUUCCUUUUCUGUGUGUUAACAUGUUCUUCCUCCCUCCUUGUGUCUCCAGGUGGGCCGUACAGUGGCCUGGGAGAGAUUGUCCACAGAGAGAGUGUUCCCAUGCACACCUUCACCCGCUAUCUCUUCACCUCUCUCCUACCUCACGACGCUGAACUGGCGUACAAGAUUGCACUGAGAGCCAUGCGGUGAGUCUCUCAACUUAUCAUUAUUUGUGUGUGUGUGUGCUCUGUACGUGCGCGUGCGUUAUGCAGAUGGAGCGGCUCUGUUUUGAUGUUCGUAGGGGGACCUGGAUCAGUGAAUAUUAAUGAUGUUAAUGAGAGUUUAAUUAGUGUGUGUAAUGAGCAGGCUCACACACGUCUGGCCUACAGAGACAGGACAGCUACAUGGCUAACACCAACACCUCUCUACCAUUCAGUUCUCAAUGAGCUGCUCUUUGAACAAUGCUAACAACGUGAUAUGAUGCUAAAUGAUUGUGAAUGAAAAAGAGCUACGUCGCGUACAGCAAGAUGCAAGCCGAAAGCAGUGGCUGGAGUGUAAUGAAAAUACACCACAGCAUUUCCUUAGUCAGGCCUCGGCUCCAGCCCUCCCCCAGUCCUCCUCUCUCCCCACCCAGCCCUGUGGCAGGGGUGAGGUAGAAUAAUGGAGCCACUACUUCUAGCUGCUCCAGGGUCCUGUGUGUCUGUCUGCUCAGCACAUAAUGAAUGUGUGCAAUGUAGCGUGGUGCUGGUGUAAUAUAGAGCUAGCUAAAAGGGCUGUCUUUUAAUGGCCCAUUACAACACUACCAUAGACUCAGACAGCCUCACCUUAUUCACACCUCUACUUAACACUAAGGAGGAAUUGAUCUUCAGCUCAAGGAUUGUACAGUACGCACACCCAACUGAUUUCACUAGUGCAGGGCGGAUAGAAUAUUUUGUAGAAAGACAUAAGGAUGAUAAUACCUUCAUAUUGUUGAUGCUUCCAGAGUUUUAGAUUUCUAAAGAUACAUAUCCAGCAAAAUGUUCUAAUGACUCUACCAUGUAGCCUUGACUCGUCUUUGAGGCGGCCUAGGGAGCUUUUGUAUAAAGAAGAGGUCCUGAGUAGAAGUCUUCCAGCGGAUGCUGUGAUUGAUAGAUUGGGGAAGUGAAUAGACGUUUGUGAAGUGUUUACUUUGUCUGAGGGUGAAAACCAGGAGGUAGAGAGUUCAGGAGUCUCACUGAUGUUCACCAGAAACCUGCACCAGACUAUGAAAGAACUGGAUAGUUGCUCUCUUUCACAUCCAUCUGUGGGUCGUUCCACCAAUUAUAGGUGCCUUUUGAGUAGUGUAACUUGUUUAAAAAAAUGUAUAUAUAUAUAUUUCACCUAAUGUUAACAUUCUGUCAUAAAGAGAGCACCUGUUCAACUUAAUAAAAAACAUGUUUUCCCAUUUUCAAAAAUGACUAUAGUAAGUGCCUGCAACUUAUCCAGAACGCAGCCCGCCUGGUUUUCAACCUUCCGAAGUUCUCUCAUGUCACUUAACCAGCACUUGCAGCACUCUUCUAGCUCUGACUCUACUGAUAGCUACGUUAUUGAGGAAAAAUUUACUUUCUAUGCCUGUGAUUUGUGGUUGUCCCACCUAGCAAUCUUUAGAUGAAUGCACUAACUGUAAGUCGCUCUGGAGAAGAGCGUCUGCUAAAUGACUAAAAUGUAAAAAAUGUAAAUGUAUUAAGUGCCAAAUAAAGUAACAGGGUUGACCGUAACAGGGUUGACAACACUGCAAGCUUCACAAAGGUUUUUAAUUUUGAAAACAUUUUUAGCCUGUCGAUCUAUAGGUAACAGGGUUGACGUGUUAAGCUCGACCCGCUCAGUUUUCCACCACAAAACACUAGGAAAUUGCCAUAAAUAGUAGAACCAGCUCACCUGCUUUUAAACUAUUAUUCUACUAAUAGAUAUAGAUAGAAUAGAUAGAAAAAAUAUGUAAAAAGUUAUGGUUUCACCAUAUUAAAAUGAGAAUUCAGUUCACGUAACAGGCUUUACCUUAAAAUUAGGGACUUUACAAUGAUGGUGAAAACUUGUAUAAAUGUUGGAGUAAAGUGGGUUAAAAACUUCAUAGAAUUCACAGAGGAUGCACAGAGGGACAUGUCAAAAUGCAGAAUUUUGCCAGUUUAGCAAAUCUUUAUUCAUAUAAAAAAACAGAUUUAUUGACAUUUUCAUGUGGUCUAUAUUAAAGGGCACUUCAUUUAAUAUAACAGGCUUUUAAAAUUCAAUAUUCGUGCACAAUUUAAGGGCCCCUUGCCCUGAGGCCAUGGCACCCUCUGGUGUGAAAAGUAUCAAAGCAUCCCAUUCUGCCGUGACAGGGCACUAUAGUGCCACAGGACCAAUCUGACACCAUAGUGGCUUGGGACUGAUGUUGUAUUAUAGCUUACUGUUAAAUGGAUACAAGUGUCAUUUGUAAAAAUUUGACUUUUACUGUUCUGUUUUGAGUAUUGGCUGUAACACGGCAUUGAGUGUUUACAUUGUAAUUGAUAUGGUAAGAUAAAAAAACAUUGUAAAGUGGUUAUCCCACUGGCUAUAAGGUGAAUGCACCAAUUUGUAAGUCGCUCUGGAUAAGAGCGUCUGCUAAAUGACGUAAAUGUAAAUGUAAAUAAUGUUUCUGGUUGAUGUAUAGCCUAGCUUAUGCAGAUGUCAGCGUAAAUAUACCUGUUGUAGGCUAUAUGAGUAUGAGAGAAAGAGAGAGAGCAGGAGAAUAAUAGCCCUAGCAAUGGAUUUGUUUUUGAGGUGGAAUAAAAGAUGCAGCUUCUCAUUGCAUUGAACAGAAAAUUAAGAUUUUCACUCAAACAUUGAGUAUUUUCCAAGCUUGGCUUAUCGAAGCUCCACAACCAAUCCCAACCAGUGGUUCUCUGUAAGUCACACAAAGACUGGAAUGUUGUCGACGGCUCAAUCUUUAGGGAAUGCCUUUUUCGUUUCGUUCCACCUCAUGAAUGGUCCAGAAUCACCCAGUGUGGUGGAGCUUUUAGCAGCUCUUUAGAUGUGUUUGGAAUGAACCAUUUGUUGCUAUGGCAUCAGCACGUCUUCCGUUUCACACCAAGUCUCAGUGUUCACAUUCACACAGCUCUCACCUUGGCUUUUUCCCACCUUUAUCUAGCAAGACUGUUGGCCAGACAAACCUCUAUUACCUUGUCUAGGCCCGACAGACUUCAGAUGAAGAUCGUUAAAUACAGAUUUUGUUGGUCCUCGUGGCAAUAGUAUCUCUGUCCCUUUUCUCUGAGGUGCAUGCGUGUGUGUGUGUGUGUGUCCGUGCACCUGCGUGCGUGUGUACAUGCUCUGAUGUGUGCGAGCAUGUGUGUAAGUAUGUGUUUGAUGUGUGUCCAGCCAUAGAGGCCUGGAAGGUGAAUCCCUUAAUUUCCCCAUGGACUCAAUUAGCAUUGUGAUUGGUUGAAAUCUGCACAGGUUCUUUUCUCUUUCAAAGGUAGCGAGACCUUUGAAACUGGGCUGGAAGAAGAGGGUUGAAUUUGAGAUGAGCUGCCCACAGUAGCAGACAUGAAGACUACUGUGUAUUUUUGUGUACUGUCAGUCUGUCCUAUAGGGCCUGUUUAUACAUUAGCAGGUGUUACAAGCCUAUGUCUUCAUUAACAGCAAGAAAAUAGUAAUCAUGCUACAGUUGAUUCAGUUCUGUAAUUAAGGACUAGGUUGGAAGUAAAUUGCAGUAAUAGGCUAACAACCUUAAUGCGUUUCAGAACACUGACAAAACCUUGCUGUAGGUGUUUUGUUUGGUGUGUGUGUUUGCGCCUGUGCGUGUGUCUGUGUGUGAUGCCAUAUGGUUUUUCUGUGCUUCUCAGGUUGCCUGUGUUGGAGUCCACAGCCUUGUCAGGUGACCUGUCGCGACCCCAUCACUUGGUGUCUGUGGUCCCCAACCGCUACCCUCGCUGGUUCACACUCUCCCACAUAGAGUCCCAGCAGUGUGAACUGGCCUCCACCAUGCUGACUGCAGCCAAAGGUAAACACACACACACGUACACAUACACACACAUACACAUUUGGGUCCCUUUGUCAUUGUAAUGUAUGUGUGUUGUCCCUGUUGGUCCAGGUGAUAGUUGUAAGCUGGAGACAGUACUAGAGUCCAUUCAGAAGAACAUCCACUCCUCGUCUCACAUCUUUAAACUUGCCCAGGACGCCUUCAAGAUCGCUACACUGAUGGACAGCCUGCCAGACAUUACACUGCUCAAAGUCUCACUGGAGCUUGGGCUACAGGUACAGACACAGACAUACAGAUACACACACACCUCUUUCCCAUCCCUAACCGUCUCUCAUUCAUCAGGUGAUGAGGAUAACCCUGUCUACGUUAAACUGGAGGAGGAGGGAGAUGGUACGGUGGUUAGUUACCUGUGCAACCGAAGUAGGUACGUGUACAACGUUUCCCCUUUGACUUUCUAUAAUGUACUACCUAUUUAGUUCAUGGACAGGAUGAGGGCUUGAAAAUAAAUUGUCUUGUUAUUCAAAUUACUCUGCUAAUCCCCUGAAUUCUCCCUCUUUUGUGUGUGUCUCCCAGGUGUGUAUGCGUUGGACAGUAUCAUGCAGAGUUGGUUCACCCUCUUCACCCCGACCGAGGCCACCAGCAUCGUGGCCACCACCGUCAUGUCCAACACCACCAUUGUCCGCCUGCGUCUGGACUGUCAUCAGCAGGAGAACCUGGCCUCCUCCGCCCGAACCCUGGCCCUGCAGUGUGCCAUGAAGGACCCCCAGAACUGUGCCCUCUCUGCCCUCACCCUCUGUGAGAAGGACCACAUCGCCUUCGAGACGGCCUACCAGAUCGUUCUGGAUGCGGCCGUCACGGGCAUGAGCUACACACAGCUGUUUACGAUAGCUAGGUACAUGGAGCACAGGGGGUACCCUAUGAGGGCGUACAAGCUAGCCACGUUAGCCAUGGCUCAUCUAAACCUCAGCUACAACCAGGAUACCCACCCGGCUAUCAACGACGUGCUGUGGGCCUGCGCUCUGAGUCACUCGCUGGGCAAGAACGAGCUGGCUGCCGUCAUCCCCCUCGUGGUGAAGAGCGUGAAGUGUGCCACGGUGCUUUCCGACAUUUUGCGGCGGUGCACGCUGACCACGCCGGGGAUGGUGUCAGCGCUGCACAGCCGCAGGAACUCUGGGAAGCUGAUGUCGCUGGACAAGGCUCCGCUCAGGCAGCUGCUGGAUGCCACCAUCGGGGCCUACAUCAACACCACACACUCUCGCCUCACGCACAUCAGCCCGCGGCACUACAGCGAGUUCAUAGAGUUCCUGGGGAAGGCCCGAGAGACAUUCCUCAUGGCCCAUGACGGACACAUCCAGUUCACACAGUUCAUAGACAAUCUUAAACAGAUCUAUAAGGGCAAGAAGAAACUCAUGAUGCUGGUGAGGGAGAGGUUUGGCUGACCAGGGUCGGUCCCUAGUACUUUUCUAUUAACUCAAGUCUGCCUUUUGAACUUCUUUAGACUUGAACAUGGACAAGUAAAGAGAGAAACAAAGCAAAAGAAGGAGAAAAAAUACUCAACAGAGCCACCUGGUAUUAUUGUUCUUGCUGUUAUUGUUAUAAACAUUAUUACUAUCAUUACUAUGUGUACAGACGUGUUUUAUUUUCAGAAGAGGAAA